AUGACAGUAUGCGAAGUUGGAAGUGCUGGUAGUGAAGGCUGCCACCCUGAUGAUCUGAAGGCUCUGAACGAUUUCAAAGCAGGGAUCACUUAUGACGAAUCACAGCGGCUAAAGAGAUGGAUUGGGGUGAAUUGCUGCAAAUGGGUAGGCAUUUCUUGCGAUGAUAUAACGGGUAGAGUGACAGAGAUUAAUCUACCGGGCGCGCUGACCAAAAAUGGCGCGCAGUUAAGAAUGAAAGGCGAGUUAUCGCCUUCCUUACACCUUCUCAGCUCUCUUAGAGUUCUCCAUUUGGGUGGUUUAUCUCAACUCAGUGGGCAGAUUCCGCCACUGAUAGGAGACUUGAAAGACCUCCAAUUUUGGGAUCUCCACAAAGAACAACUUUAG